UCGCCAAGUAGUUCACACUAAAAUGUUGAGCAGUCUCUUUUCUUACCUAUUGUGAAUGGGAUCGUUCACAUUUCCACCGACAGUGUCCUACCGGUGAACUGUCAAACAAAUAAUUGACAGCGUCUGAUAAAACGCGUACUCGGUUUCCACAAUUUCUCUAUCGAUUCGAGUGUGAUUUUAUGCAUUAAAAUUUCUUAAAAAUCACAGUAAGUGACCAAUAAUUUUUGUUAAAAUUAAAUUCCUAAGGUAGGCAGCAAUGAAUCGCAGACGUCCGCACGAUGGCGAUGAAGAGGGAUAUGAUCAUCGUAAUCGAAAACGGAGGCGCGUUUCUGAGAACCAGGAGAUUGAAGACCGUUUGGAGUCACUGAUUUUGCGCGUUGGUGAACGUAGCACCUCUUCGGUAGAAUCGAAUUUGGAAGGUUUGGUUUCCGUAUUGGAGGCAGAUCUGGGCACUUUUCGACUAAAAAUUUUGAGAAUUCUCUCGGACUGUGCAAUAAAAAUGCCGGAAAAAUGCACAAUUUACACCACUUUAGUUGGUUUGUUGAAUGCUAAAAACUAUAAGUUUGGUGGCGAGUUCGUCGAUCACAUGGUGAAGACAUUUAAGGAAGCCUUAAAAAUUUGUUGGUGGGAUGCCGCACGUUAUUCGCUGCGCUUUCUUGCAGAUCUGGUGAAUUGUCACGUUAUCUCAGUUACCAGUCUACUGCAGCUUCUAGACACUAUGAUUGAUGUAUCGAACGAAGACACAGUACCACAAGUACGACGCGACUGGUACGUUUUCGCUGUGCUGUCCACGCUGCCAUGGGUAGGUCGUGAUUUGUACGAGAAAAAAGAGUCGUCUUUAGAGUCUUUGCUACUGCGUAUUGAAGUCUACUUGAACAAACGUUCAAAGAAACACCACAAUGCUUUGCGUGUAUGGUCGGUCGAUGCACCACAUCCGCAAGAAGAAUAUUUAGAUUGUUUGUGGGCGCAAAUACGUAAAUUACGUCAAGAUAACUGGGCUGAAAAGCAUAUUCCACGUCCAUACCUGGCCUUUGAUUCGAUACUGUGCGAGGCGCUCCAGCAUAAUUUGCCGCCUAUAGUGCCGCCAGCACAUCACGAGUCUUAUGAAUAUCCAAUGCCUUGGGUAGUUUAUCGCAUGUUUGAUUACACUGAUUGUCCCGAUGGACCGAACUUGCCUGGUGCGCAUUCCAUAGAGCGCUUUUUAAUCGAAGAGCACCUGCAUCAUAUCAUCGAAACGCAUCGUUUGGAACGGAAGGAUUGUGCAGCUCAAUUGUUAGCCUUCCCGUAUAAAAACAAAAUACCUCUCGAAUACUGCAUUGUCGAAGUUAUAUUUGCUGAAAUAUUUCAUAUGCCAACACCACGUUAUCUGGAAAUUGUAUAUGGUUCAAUUCUUAUUGAAUUGUGUAAAUUGCAGCCGGCAACAUUGCCACAAGUGCUUGCACAAGCCACUGAAAUUUUAUUCAUGCGCAUAGACUCGAUGAAUACUUCUUGUUUCGACCGUUUCGUCAAUUGGUUUUCUUACCAUUUGAGUAACUUUAAAUUUACUUGGUCAUGGGAAGAGUGGGAUAGUUGUUUGCUAUUAGAUGCUGAACAUCCACGUCCUAAAUUCAUACAAGAAGUGUUGCAUAAAUGUCUAAGAUUAUCGUACCAUCAACGCAUUACGGAAAUGAUGCCCGAAGCUUAUGCUAAACUUAUACCUAUUGCACCGCAGCCAAACUACAAAUACGCCUCCGAAGAUGCAGCGUCGUUGGCGGGCACCCAGGUGGCACAUCAGCUGGUGGUGGCAAUUCGCCAGAAGUGCACACCCGAAGAGGUUAUCAAUAUUCUGAAAGAGUUACCGAAUUCCGGCGAAAAUGCGGAUCAGGAAAUGUCGGAGACAUCAUUCAAUCCACUUAAAAUUGAUGUGUUCGUGCAGACGCUGUUGAAUUUGGGUGCCAAGUCGUUUUCGCAUAGUUUUGCUGCCAUAUCGAAAUUCCAUUUGGUGUUUAAGGCACUCGCCGAAUCCGAGGAGGCGCAAAUUUGCAUACUUCACAACGUCUACGAGUUGUGGCAGAAUCAUCAACAAAUGAUGGUGGUUAUUAUUGACAAAUUGCUGAAAUUACAAAUUGUUGACUGUUCGGCUGUCGCCACAUGGAUAUUCUCCAAAGAGAUGACCGGCGAAUUCACCAAAAUGUAUUUGUGGGAAAUACUUCAUUUGACUAUAAAGAAAAUGAACAAACACGUAAUUAAACUGAGUAGUGAGCUAACUGAAGCGAAGGAUAAGUUGGCAAAAGUGGACUCAUCGUCCAGCGAAUCAGAGGAUGAGGCAGUGCCCAAACGUAAAAAGCCCAUCAAUCACGUGGAUAAGCCAACUGAAGAGAUGGUCGAGCGCAUGGAAGAGAAAUUGGAAGCAGCAAACGUGGACCAAAAACGCUUGUUUUUGAUUGUUUUCCAACGCUUCAUUAUGAUAUUGUCCGAACAUUUGGUGCGUUCUGACACGGACGGACGCGAUCCGGAUACUGAUUGGUAUCGCUGGACAAUCGGUCGUCUGCAGCAAGUGUUCCUAAUGCACCACGAACAAGUGCAAAAGUACAGCAGCACUUUGGAGACGCUGCUCUUCACAUCGGACUUGGACUCGCAUAUACUGGAAGUGUUUCAUCAGUUUGUAGCUUUAAGAGCUUAAGGCAGUAGAGCAUUUCUUUUUUUGUUUUCGUAGUUAACUAUAAACAUAUUUUUGCUCCAUUUAUUAAAUUUCAUUGUACACUUUGUAAAUUUGGCUGAAAAAAGCCAAUAGUCCAUAAACAAUGUAAAGAAGUA